UUACUCAUUCCAUACAAACGUGGUGCUUCCUCCGAUCAACACUCAUCACCUUUAUAAAUAUUAAAUUUUGGUGUGAUUUUAAUUAAUAUCGAUUCAAAAUGUGUGGCAUUCUUGCGGUUCUUGGUUGCUCCGAUGACUCUCAGGCCAAGAGGGUUCGAGUUCUUGAGCUCUCUCGCAGAUUAAAGCACCGUGGACCAGACUGGAGCGGUAUAUUUCAGCAUGGAGGUUUUUAUUUAGCUCAUCAACGUCUGGCUAUCGUGGAUCCUGCAUCCGGUGAUCAACCUCUGUUUAAUGAAGACAGAGCUAUUGUUGUCACUGUGAACGGAGAAAUUUACAACCAUGAAGAGUUGAGGAAUAAUAUGACCAAUCACAAGUUCAGAACCGGAAGUGAUUGUGAUGUUAUUGCUCAUCUGUACGAGGAAUAUGGCGAAAACUUUAUUGACAUGUUGGAUGGAAUGUUUUCUUUUGUACUUGUCGACACCCGCGACAAUAGUUUCAUUGUUGCGCGUGAUGCCAUCGGAAUCACCUCCCUCUAUAUCGGCUGGGGACUUGAUGGUUCUAUUUGGAUAUCAUCUGAAUUGAAGGGGUUGAAUGAUGACUGUGAACAUUUCGAGUGCUUCCCUCCAGGGCAUUUGUACUCGAGCAAAUCAGGCGGAUUGAGGCGAUGGUAUAACCCACCCUGGUUCUCCGAAGCUAUUCCAUCAGCUGUAUACGAUCCACUUGCUAUAAGACGAGCUUUCGAAAAUGCUGUAAUUAAAAGGCUAAUGACUGAUGUGCCUUUCGGAGUUCUGCUGUCUGGUGGCUUGGAUUCAUCAUUGGUUGCAUCGAUCACUGCUCGUCACUUGGCAGGCACAAAAGCUGCCAGACAAUGGGGAGCGCAGCUCCAUUCUUUCUGUGUAGGCCUAGAGGGUUCACCGGAUUUGAGGGCUGCGAAAGAAGUUGCAGAUUAUUUGGGAACCGUUCACCAUGAAUUUCAUUUCACUGUUCAGGAUGGUAUUGACGCCAUUGAAGAUGUUAUUUACCAUAUUGAAACAUAUGAUGUGACAACUAUAAGAGCCAGCACUCCUAUGUUUCUUAUGUCAAGGAAGAUCAAGUCACUCGGGGUCAAGAUGGUCAUUUCUGGUGAAGGUUCUGAUGAGAUUUUCGGCGGAUAUUUGUAUUUCCACAAGGCGCCUAACAAGGAAGAGUUUCACCGCGAAACAUGUCACAAGAUAAAGGCUCUUCAUCAGUAUGAUUGCUUGAGAGCUAACAAAUCAACAUCAGCAUGGGGCUUGGAAGCUCGAGUGCCCUUCUUAGAUAAGGAAUUUAUUAAUGUUGCUAUGGCUAUUGAUCCUGAGUGGAAAAUGAUUAAUCCGGACAAAGGCCGUAUUGAAAAAUGGGUUCUUAGGAGAGCUUUUGAUGAUGAGGAGCACCCUUAUCUGCCAAAGAAUAUCUUGUAUAGACAGAAAGAGCAGUUUAGUGAUGGUGUUGGGUAUAGCUGGAUCGACGGUCUCAAAACUCAUGCUGCACAACAUGUGACGGAUAAGAUGAUACAACAUGCUAUGCACAUUUUUCCUCAUAAUACCCCUACUACUAAAGAAGCAUACUACUACAGAAUGAUUUUCGAGAGGUUCUUUCCGCAGAACUCGGCCAGGCUUACCGUACCUGGGGGAGCAAGUGUAGCGUGCAGCACUGCUAAAGCUGUGGAAUGGGACUCCACAUGGUCGAACAAUCUCGAUCCUUCUGGCAGGGCUGCAUUAGGCGUCCAUCUUUCAGCUUACGAAAAACAAGUAGCUGUUGCUGCAAAUGGUGGAACCAUGAUUAUUGACAGCAUGCCAAGGAUGAUGGAGGUUAGCGCUCCAGGAGUCGCAACAUUAAGCUAGCGAUUGAUGAACUUUAUUAUUCGUGUAUAAAUCGUAUAGUUGCCAUGUAGAAAGUAUGCAAAAAACAACCUGUGUGGAAGUGUGAAUCUGUGUGUUUUCACUAACUUGUUGUUUUAUGUAAGGCAGUGAAGUAUGUUUAUUUA